AUGGAAGUCAUAUCCCCUGCAGCUCAUCCCCUCAAUGGUUCUCCUGCCGCCUUCUAUUUCCCCUCGAGGCCUGCCGCAUCCCUAAAAGCCCUCCUUGACUCUAACUCGAGUGCAAAUGGCGACGGCUACCUCGCCGGCCCGGCAUGCGCGGUGGGCGAGUCACGAACAGAGGGCUCUCGCCUCUAUCGCCUCCCCCCCACGGCGAGGCAGAACAAGGUCCUGCCCCAGGACCUCAAGACGCCCGAUAGCCAUGUCGAACGGGACCCCCGACUCAUCAGGCUGACCGGCGUCCAUCCCUUCAACGUCGAGGCCCCCUUGAGCGAUCUCUAUGACGAGGGAUUUCUGACGACAAAGGACCUGCAUUAUGUGAGGAAUCACGGACCAGUGCCCCUGGUCAGGGACGACCAGGUUCUCGACUGGGAGUUUUCGGUAGAGGGCAUGGUUGAAAGGCCUGUCAAGAUGACACUGCGCCAACUCAUCAGGGACUACGAACAGGUCACGUAUCCAAUCACCCUAGUCUGCGCCGGCAACCGGCGCAAGGAGCAGAACGUGGUCCGAAAGACCAAUGGCUUCUCGUGGGGCGCCGCUGGCGUCUCGACGUCGCUCUGGACUGGCGUCACUUUGGGCGAUCUCCUCGCGCGGGUCGUACCUAGGCGCGGGGCUAGAUAUGUGUGCUUCGAAGGUGCAGACAAGCUCCCUAACGGAUACUACGGCACUUCGGUUAAGCUCAACUGGGCCGUCGACCCCAACAGAGGCAUCAUGGUGGCACACAAAAUGAACGGCGAGGUUCUGCAUCCCGACCAUGGGAAGCCCCUGAGAAUCGUCAUCCCCGGCCAGAUCGGAGGACGCAGCGUCAAGUGGCUGAAGCGCAUCGUCGUGACAUCGGCCCCUAGCGACAACUGGUACCACAUUUAUGACAAUCGCGUGCUGCCCACCAUGAUCAGCCCCGAGGCGAGCGCCCAUCUACCAGACACGUGGAAGGACGAGCGCUAUGCCAUCUACGACCUAAACACCAACAGCGCCACGUGCUAUCCCGCCCACGACGAGAGAAUUUCCCUGGCAGACAGCCUGGAGACGUACGCAUUCAGGGGCUACGCAUACGCCGGAGGUGGAAAGCGGGUUACCAGGGUCGAGGUCACCCUAGACCAGGGCAGAACUUGGACCUUGGCCAACAUCACUUACCCAGAGGACGAAUACAGACUUGCGCCAGAAAACGAGGUACUAUUCGGGGGUCGUCUUGAUAUAGCAUGGCGCGAAGCCUGCUUCUGCUGGUGCUUCUGGGACCUAGAAAUACCCAUAACUCAGCUUCGAGAGGCCAGGGACGUCAUGAUCCGGGCCAUGGACGACUCGAUGAUGGUGCAGCCGAGAGACAUGUACUGGAGCGUGCUCGGCAUGAUGAACAAUCCGUGGUAUCGCGUCGUAAUCCACAACACGGCCGGCUCACUGCGCUUUGAGCAUCCCACCCAGCCAGCAAUGAUGCCGGGGGGUUGGAUGGAAAGGGUGAAGCGAGAGGGUGGCAACAUCACCAAUGGCUUCUGGGGAGAGAAAGUCCCGGGAGAAGAGGCAGCAACGAUCCACGAACCACCAGCCAAGGAGAUUUGCAUGCUCAACGAGAAGGUCACGCGGCAAAUCAGUCUCGAGGAGCUGCGAAGUCACGACGGUGAAGAGAGCCCUUGGUUUGUUCUCAACGGCCAGGUUUAUGACGGCACCGGGUUCCUUGGCGAGCAUCCUGGCGGUGCAGCUUCUAUCUUUGGUGCUGCCGGCCAGGACGUGACGGAAGAGUUUAUGACUAUUCACAGCGAAAAUGCGAAAGGCAUGAUGUCAAAACACCACAUCGGCACCCUUGAUAAGCAGUCACUUGCCCUGCUCGCGCUUGCCGGUUCUGAGCCGGUCCCAGCAAAUUCUGAACUCAGGCCUGUCUUCCUUCAAUCCAAGGUCUGGACCAAAGCUACGCUCUCGGCCAAGAAGAAGAUCUCGUCAGACACCAAGAUCUUCACGUUUACGCUAGACCACGACUCCCAGACCAUUGGCCUGCCCGUCGGCCAGCACUUGAUGAUGCGGCUCCGGGAUCCGGCGUCGCAGGAGGCCAUCAUCCGCGCAUACACGCCCAUCUCGGAGACUACCGACGUGGGCAAGCUGCACGUCCUCGUCAAGAUAUACUUCGACACGCCCGCCGGCAAAGGCGGCCGCAUGACGCAGGCCCUGGACGGCCUCGCCAUGGGGCAGUCGGUCGAGUUCAAGGGCCCCAUCGGCAAGUUUGAGUAUCUAGGCCGGGGCCUGUGCGCCAUCAACGGCCGGGAGAGGCGGGUUCGGCGCUUCGUCAUGGUCUGCGCCGGCUCGGGCAUCACGCCCAUCUUGCAGGUGCUGCGGGCCGUCAUGAAGGACGACGCGGACCGAACCACGUGCAUCGUCCUCGACGGGAACCGCGUCGAGGAGGACAUCCUCUGCCGCGACGAGCUGGAAGCCAUGGCCGCGCGCCGCCCCGACAAGUGCAGGCUGCUAUACACACUGAGCAAGCCCGACGCAUCGUGGCGGGGUCUCAAGGGCAGGGUGGACCACGCGCUGUUCGAGAGAGAGGUUGGCGGCCCACCACGCAGUGACGAGGGGGGCGCUAUGGUGCUAGUCUGCGGCCCCGACUCGAUGGUCAAAGCUGUCAAUCAAAUAUUCGCCAGCCUCGGCUGGAGAGACGAGGACCUUGUUUUCUUUUGA